ACACUCCAUCAUCCUCCACCGGUCUUGCUAGCGCUGCUCUCACUCCUGCAGUUCAGCGUCCAGAAAGGGAAAGAAGAUAUGUAAGUUGGUGGAAUGAAUGGGAGUUUGUCAGGAGCUAGGAUAUUGUACAGUACAGCAAGUAUCAUCCGACUCUCUCCUUAGGGCCGUUUAUAGUACUAAUAUGGUUUUCAGCGAUUCUCAUGCAUUUCCUUCCUUUAAACCUACCUACCUCAUCAACGGGGGUACUACACGGCGUUGCAUCAUAGCAGCGGGAAGCGAUUUAUUUCCACGCCUAGCUGGGUGUUCUUGACUUGACGAACAAUACACUCGGCCCGUACCGGCCCAUCACCCCAGCUGGGUGGUGAGUGAUGACUACGCCCUCCAAGGAAGCGGGGAGAAGGUCUGGUGGGCAGAAUGGAUUCAUUUCUGUUCUGCCCCCCUGCCUCGCUAUCCCCUUGGCUCCUGUCAUGGUCAUGACUAUUAAAGUACAUUUAAGAGCAUGCCGCAACCUAUCACAUAUCGCAGAAGUUGAGAGGAUCGAAGCUUUGACGGAGAAAGCCCGAACAGCGCUUUGUUUUUUCUUCAAGACGAAGGUAAGCGCUCCCCCUCCUUUCCAUAGACUCUGCUAGUACCGCUACUAACAAGGUGAUCACAGAAUAGAGCUACUGGCCAGUCUCCGCCCCCACGCGCGGCCUACCCUACCAUAAUGAGGAUCCCCAAACGCCCACGUCUAUACCUUUUGGGAUAUCAAGGGGAUACAAAACUCUAGGAAAGUGCGAGGAAACGCAUGUCAAUUCCCGCCGGAACCCCCGAAAAUUCAGAUGGUAUAGUCACCUAGACACUGCGAGUGAGCGGAUAUGAUUCUCCCGAUAGCGCCGUUCUCGGGAUUCGUACCAUGGCCGCUCAUGUUUGACACAUAAACGUUGGCCCCCCUCCCCCUAAACUUAUCCAAACCAUUCCACCAGCCCUUGGCUCAUAGGUUCAGCCACGCCUCUGCUUGGAUCAGCUCAUAAUUCAUGGAAACCAAGCAAGCAAGCAAAAAAAUAAAAUAAAAAAUACCCCAUCUUCCCCUAUCACUGGACACACUUCUAAUUCCCACCUUGACCACGC